CCGGCCUGCCCUCCCUCCCCCUCGGCCCGCUCUUCUCGCCCCCAGCCCUCUCCUGCCCUCUGCCCCGCGGCCCGGCGCGCGGUGCAGCGCGACGAUCGCGGCCUGGCGGUCAGGGCACGGUGGUCGUGGCGCUCGAGGGUGGCGCGCAAGGCGCGGGGCGCGAGGCCACACCGGGCACAGCGGGGAGUGGGGGGCAGGCAGCGGCGGAGUCCCCAGAGGAGAGCAGGGGCAGGGGGGUGCAGAGGCAAGUGAGACGCUGGACCUGAGGGAGCAGCAAUGGCAGUGUUUCUGGAGGCCAAGAAUGCCCAUUCGGUGCUGAAACGGUUCCCUCGUGCCAAUGAAUUCCUGGAGGAGCUGCGCCAGGGCACCAUCGAGCGCGAGUGCAUGGAGGAGGUCUGCAGCUACGAAGAAGUCAAGGAGGUGUUCGAGGACAAAGAGAAAACGAUGGAGUUCUGGAAGGGGUACCCGAAUGCGGUCUACUCAGUCCGCGACCCUGCACAGAGUUCAGAUGCCAUGUACGUGGUGGUGCCCCUUCUAGGGGUGGCAUUGCUGAUUGUCAUUGCCUUGUUCAUCAUCUGGAGAUGCCAGCUGCAGAAAGCCACUCGUCAUCACCCCUCGUAUGCUCAGAACCGGUACCUAGCCAGUCGCGCCGGGCACAGCCUCCCCCGGGUCAUGGUGUACCGCGGCACUGUGCACAGCCAGGGGGAGUCCUCUGGGCACCGUGAGACAGGGAGCAACCCGCAGGUGGUGCUAGGGCCCAGUCGAGGGGGCAGAACGAUGGUCCGUCUUGAGAGCACCCUCUACCUCCCUGAGCUCUCUCUCUCCAGGCUGUCCAGUGCCACUCCUCCCCCAUCCUAUGAGGAGGUGACUGCACCCCAGGAGAGCAGCAGUGAGGAGGCGAGUGUCUCUUAUAGUGACCCACCCCCAAAGUAUGAGGAGAUAGUGGCCACCAACCCUGGCUUGGACAAGUAGUAGGACUUCUGUCCUGUCCGGAUUGAAAGCCUCCUUCAGGGGUCUCCUAUUUUUUUUUUUUUUUUUAACUUUUUGAAGACUGUGCCAACACAAAACAGCCUUAGCCUCCUGUUGCCAAAUAAUUUCCUAACCCUGGAUUUGUAGGAAGUCGGUUGUCAGAGACAGGUUGGGGGAGGGGGUAGGGAACACGCAUGCGUCAAAGCCCCUGGGGAGAGCCAAAGGCUAGAGAGCCCAGCUCUUCCAGAAGCCCCCAUGCUCCCGCCAUCCUGUCGUCCCUUCAGGAACUGGCUUCUCUUAUGCCAAAGGUAUUACCCCACUGAGCUGAUUGUGGCCAGAAUGUCUGUAGGCUCAGGCCCCAGGGCCACGCGGCUGGCUGGAGACCUGUCUCUGUCUGAAAGCCUAGGCCACAGAGAUGAGAGAGAGAAGCUAGCCCUUCAGCAACCCCUUUUCCUCAACUGCCCUGUGCUUUCUGUCCUUACUUACAUUUUGAGGACAGGGACAAAGACUGAACAAAAACAACAAAGAAGAGUCAUAACAAAUAAACAAAUGACCAACCCGAUAAAACAAAAUAAUACCACCUGGGCCAUUCAUAGGGGACUGAGGGAAAUCAGAUUUGUGAUGCUCCCUUGCCCCAACAUCCAUCCCCACACUCCUGACCGGGCUAAUAGGAAUAUUUAGAGCAAGCGGGAAGGAAGACAGGAUAUGUAAAGGAUGAGGGACAAGGGCCUAGCUGCCAGACUGAGUGAGAGGCCUGUGUGAACUUGGCCAUCCCGGAGGCUAACUCUGGUUCUAGUGUGCUUGGCCUUCUGAAGACCUUGCCUUUCCAGACAUGUGUACUGGCUGUGCUAAAACUGGUACCCACUGGCCUGAGCGCAGUCAUCGCCCUGUGGCCGAGAGCUGAAGUUUUCUCCUACUGAGACUGGUUGGCCAAUAGAAUGACUUAAACUCAUAAACUUGGCCUCGUCAGCACUGUGCUUUCUGGCUUUGAACUUUUAAGAUACUUCCCUUUUCAUGAGCAGGUGCAUUGAGUUGAACUUGAACUUCAGAUGACUGAUUUCUCCUUAAUGAUGGUGGCCACCUGGAGAAAAGAUCCUAAAAUGUACCUUUUUAAAGAUUUCCUGGCAGGGGAGGUGGGGAAGCCUGUGACGUGCAGUCGAAGGCCCAUCUAGGGUUUGCUGUGUUAUUGCCAGGUGCUGGUCCAUCUUUAGUAACCCCUUUCUGUGGCCCAGAAGCUGUCCACCUUUGCAUUUCAGUGAGGCUUUGGACAGCAGUGGGGCAGAAGUGACCUGUCCUUUAACUGACCACGACCAUGUAAAAGACUCUCGACACCGCAUCCCCUCAGCCCUACAUGUCCCUCCUGCCGGCCUCAGUGCCAAAUUACUUUUCCUCUGUGGUGCUUUUAAAAAUGUAGCAAAUUUUUGUGGGGUCCAAAAGAGUGCACAGCCAGGGUCUAUCGGCAACCACAACAGUUUAAAACCCACUGAGAAGACAAGCUUCUUUCUGUCUAAACAGCUCUCCAAGACAGACAUCGGGCCUCAUUGUUGGACUGCAGCCCUGUCUCAAGGCCCCAUAUCGACUCCUGGAGGCCUCUCCCAUCCUGAGGACUUGCUUGGGACAUGUUUCAAGUUUAGGAAACUUGUGUUCUUAUCCCAACGAGGCCACCAGCUUUGACAACCUGACCUGGCAGUUGGGGGUUUCCAUCCUUCCCCCUCACUCCCAGGCCUGCGCAGUUCUUGAAGCACCAGGGAGCUAGUGCAGUUUGUCCUUAGGAAGAUUCUUCUAGAAAUGUGUAGCUUAUAGGAGACCGGUCUUAGUGGAGGCCCUCACGUGACUCUGAUGGUGAGUCUCAACUCGGGGAACCAGUCUCCUGUCAGUUGACACUUUCUGCCCCUCCUCGUUCCCCAAGGGCUCCCUGAUGCUAGAGGCGCUGCCCAGGUACGUUCCACUUUUCCUUCCUUCCCCUUUCUCUCUGGGCCUCUAACACGACACUCCCGCCCUUCCCCACAAAGUUAUUUUUGGCCUAGAAAGGCCUUGCUUUUUCCACGACAGAGGCUGCAGUCACUCACUCCUGUUUGGCCAUGUUGGAGGACCUGGGGCAGCCGGAAGCUCUGGGGCCAGCCCUGCCCUCCCAGCAUUUCCUCAGGCAGGUGCCUGUGUGUGACCUGCGAGCGUGGGGGAAGAGAGCCAGGCAUGGGCCCUGGUGACCAGAGCCGAAGGGAGUAUGCCAAGGAAUGCCCGCUGCCUUUGGCAUCUGCUGAGCCCUUCCCUGCCAAGCUGGGUGGGGGUGGGAAGCAGUGGGAAGCAGGAGCCUGGCCUGCUGGAGGACAGCA